AUGCUUUGAUUUUGAAUGCAGAUAAGGUGUACUUCCGGUUAGUCAUCGCCGCUGUAUGUGACUUCAUUAUAGCAUUGGCUUGAAAGUCUUGUGUUGUUUGCGCUGGAUGCCCCAUGGGCAACAACAAGAACCCCACUAAGAGUUUUCACUGGGCAUUUAGCAACUUACUUCGUCCAUUGGCUAUGUUAUUAGUUUUUCCCGGAUGAACGACAACCAGUGCCAGCGGGGACAACCAGGUCGUUAGGUGUUCGAGCGCACUCGCCGGGUCGAGAAGCAGCCAGCCACAAGUGGGAUCGAACUGGAUCGGUCCACCUACCAAGAAGGACAAAGCACGACACAGCAAACAGAUGAAUAACCCCGAAGGAGCUAUCACCCGACUAUUACCAUGAUCACAAUGUUUUUUCCACUGAAGAAACUGCGACGGAAUGGUAAAUGUGUUCUUUUUGGAGCCAUUCUGCUUGUGGGAGCUGUGGCCGUCUACCAUGAGAUGGUCGCGACCAAAGCAUGGAACGAUGGCACCGGUCCAAAUCCAGAUGACGGCAGCAGCUGGAGGGCGGCCAUGCUUGACCAAAGGGUCAGAGUGGGCCUGGAGGAUUCCCAUGUUUGGAGCGCCGGACGUAUGCCACAAGCAUGGAAACCAGAGUUUAAAGGCCAGGCCAAUUUGCAUGUCUUUGAGGACUGGUGUGGCGGCUCCACGGUGGGACUGCGCCACAACCUGCACUACCCUCUGUACCCUCAUUCCAGGACUACAGUGCACAAACUGGCUGUGUCCCCUCAGUGGACCAACUACGGGCUCCGCAUCUUUGGUUAUUUACAUCCUUACGCUGAUGGUGAAUUUGUGUUCGCUUUAAGCUCUGAUGACAACUCGGAAUUCUGGCUCAGCACAGACAACUCUCCUACCCAUCUGGAGCUUCUUGCAUGGGUUGGGAAGACGGGGUCUGAGUGGACAGCCCCAGGCGAAUUUGACAAGUAUGUAAGUCAGGUCUCCAAACCAACUCAGCUUUCUGCACAAAGGAUGUACUUUUUUGAAAUCAUCCACAAGCAGAAUGACAAAGGCACUGACCAUGUGGAGGUGGCUUGGAAGCUCCAGGAUGAAGAUUUCAGGUUUAUGGUCAUUGAAUCCAAGUAUAUUUCACUCUAUGUUAAUGAGUCGGCAUUGUUAAUGAGCGAUGUUGCGCAUAUACCACAGACACCUGCAAGCCACCAACGGCCCCUUCCACCAAAGCACACCGCAACUGCAGACAUGCUGAGAGAAGACCCACGAGAUGCCCUCUACCAAGUGCCUUUGAUAGAUGUCGAGCUCCUGCAAGGCGUUCUGCCCGACUGCUCAUACAAACCCAGCUACACCAUCAAAGACUUUCCACUCACUCGAUACCAAGGGCUGCAGUUUGUCCACUUGUCCUACAUAUUUCCCAACGACUACACUCGACUCACACACAUGGAAAAAGACAACAGCUGCUUCUACCCAGAGAACCCCAGCUACAUGAAAAUGUUUGGUUUUUCUCGGUACAUGAGACUAGACCGACUUGAUGGAUUGGAAAAAGAAAACGCGGCCAGUGAUUACAGCUUCCAGAGGAGGAAGUCAGUGCUCGGGGAUGACGAUAGCUUUGGCAUUGAAGCGUAUCAAAGAGACAAAUAUCAGAAGGACAGCAAUCUUUUGUCUGACUACGGGGAUGAUUAUGAUGAUUACGUCUUGAAGCGAAGACGCAAACUCUUCUCUUUGAGCAAAACCAACAACACCUUGAAGAAGUCACCUAACGCUCGUAUGAGGAGGAGAACAGGCAAAGACAAUGUCCCACUGCCUCUCCAGACUUCCAAAAUUCAACUGCGCAAGCAUGAGAGCCAAGCAGAGAUGAAAUCAAAGAGGCUUGUUAAAGUUGUAGAUGAUAUAAAACCAAAAGGAAAGCUCAAAUCUACAAAAAGAGCAAGACUUAAAUCAAUCGAGACAGCUAUGAAAGCUCAACAGAUUAAUUCAGUGGUUGCCAGAAAGAAGCCUGAAUCAGAGAAAAUAAACUACAGAAGGACGGCUGAUAAAAUGAAUGAAACCCACAUUCAAACAGUUAAUAAUGCCAUAAAAGUGGGUAGUGAAACGCCCACGUCCACUACAGCCCACCGCAGUCACCAGCUCUUUGAGAAGACCUCAAAAAGAGACCCGUUAUUAGCAACCAAGCAGAGGGACAUUGACACCAGAAGGAACUUCAUAGACAAAGAGCUGGAGAUGAACUUACCAGAACUGCAGGACAUAAAGAAUAGCAUUCACAGAGCUAUAGGAGGAAAGGACGUCCAAAAAUGGUCAGAUCUGGACGACAAGAGGGGGCUCGCUGUUGCAGAAGUAAAUAACAGGGAAGAAAUCAAGAGACAGCGUGAGACUGACAUUCUAUGGGGACCAAAAGGAGACUUCGAAGGGCUCGACGAUGAUGACAUCACCCCGGUGCCAGUGUUUGAUGCCGAUGUCAACUGGAGCCAGACCUUCGAGGUGAACCACGUAGACCUGCAGGCCAUGCGCUCCGACUGGAUCGAUCUGCACUGCAACAUCUCUGGAAACCUACUUCUCCACUCUAGCAAUGCUCUGCCCAUAGUCAAAGCUUUUAUGGAGCAGCUCAAUGACAAGCAUGAAAAUGGCUUCACACUAGUACGUGUGGUUAACGUGGAGAAGCGUCUGGAUGGGGUCCAGGGCAGCCGCUACCUACUGGAGGUGGAGCUGAAAGACUCCAACGGUCAGCUGCUUCGCCUGUCACGCUACAUCUAUGCUCUGGUUCGCCGCCACACUCGAUCUCGCAGCAAGGACUUCAGCUUCCAGCGACGGUCGAAGCCUGAAAUGAUGUUGUGCAAUCCAGUCGGUUUCAGCUGGAACCCUGUGGCCACGGUCCAUUUCAUCGUGCCAGUGAAAAACCAGGCCCGAUGGGUGCAGCAGCUGAUUGACGACAUGGCCGACUUGUUCAAGAUGACGGGCGAUGCCAAUUUUAAUCUCAUCAUUGUGGACUACAACAGCACCGACAUGGACGUGAGGAGAGCUUUGCAGAAGUCCUCUCUGCCUAGGUACCAGUAUAUGAAGCUGAAUGGUAACUUUGAGCGAUCUGCAGGUCUGCAAGCAGGCAUCAACCUUAUAGACGAUGAACACAGCAUUGUUUUUCUUUGUGACCUCCACAUUCAGUUUCCCCCUUCCAUCAUCGAUUCCAUUCGGAAGCACUGUGUAGAGGGCUUCAUGGCUUUUGCCCCCAUUGUUUUGAGGCUGGACUGCGGGGCCACACCAUUUGAAGCCAGAGGUUACUGGGAGGUAAAUGGCUUCGGUUUACUGGGCAUCUAUAAAUCUGAUCUGGAUGCAGUGGGAGGAAUGAACACAAAGGAGUUCACCAACCAGUGGGGGGGAGAAGAUUGGGAGCUGCUCGACAGGAUCCUCCAGGCAGGACUGGAGGUGGAACGGAUUUACUUACGCAACUUCUUCCACAAUUAUCACUCCAAACGCGGCAUGUGGAACCGCCGCGUGUCACCCAGACAAACGUGACCCCCGCCCCAGCCUAUACGACAUCUAAAAAACUUUUUUGGACAGGAAGCACUUUAAAGUUGGAGCUCGAUCCAUGACUUCUGCUUCCUAAUUGUCAUGACUACUGAUCAGCAAGCAGACAAGGUGACCACUCCUGAGCUGCACUCCUAGCUUGCAGUCAAGGUCGUCGCUAUGGAGAUUGUACUGAUAACAUCAGUGUUGUUUCCACUGUGGGUACUGCUGACUCAAAAAGAGGGUACUUUUUAUGCCUGCGUAAACGAAGACACUGUAUGUUGCUGACUACAACAUGAUGUGCACUACUGGCUGCAAGGACCUCACCAAAUUUACAACACUCCAAGGAUGUUUAUACACACCUGUCUUAUGUAUUGCACAUUUGUCUGAACUGGAAAAUGUUUUAUUUUAUUGUAAAAUAUGUGUUUGUCAGAAUAGUGUCUAUGUCAUUGAAUAAAUUAUGGAAAGCUUAACUUAUUGUGACUAUAACUAUAACUGUCACUAUAACUAAUAACUAUUUUGUACCUCAAUGUCUCGUCAAGUCGUCUUUUUGUAAAUGUCAUCAUCACUCUCCAUGUGCCUUUGUUAUUGUUGUUGUUGUUGUGGCUCCGAUGUUGAAGUGUAGACUUAAAUUUGCAUCAUGUCGUAAUUGAAGCUUUUACCAAACAUAGAGAUGUAAUAUAAUGUGUUUACCAAAGAACUUAUCCCAAUCCAAUAUAAAUUCCAUUUUCAGUUCCAGUGUAUGAUAAGACCUGACAGGAAAUUUUAUUUUACUUACAGGAGCUGGAUAUGUUCUUUUAAUGCUAUUUUUUUUUGUUUCUGCAGCAUUCUGGUAGUUCAUGUGAAUUUUUAUUAUGGUGCCAGACAAUUAUUUCAAUUUCAUUUCAUUUUUGGUUCAAUGAAUUCAGCUUUUGUCAUGGUUGUGGUUGAAGCAGUGCGAAUCCUUUGCUCUUCUUUCAACUGAUUUUAUUGUGUGUAUUUUUCAGACAAUACCUCACUACUCUCAAUGCAGGGAGUUCAUCUCAGACUUUUGUACAUUGCGUGACUCUCUCAGGGAUGAUUUUUAUUCCAUUCAAGGCACACUGUCUUGUCACAUUUCAGAAAUAAAUUUAUCUA